UGAGCACGUAGAACCUGCGUGCAUGCCGAUGGCUUCGCCGCCGCUGCCGACGAUGUCAGGAGGCCCGCAUUACCGGUCGCGGUUCGGAGACACGACGUGGACCAAGGUCUUCGUUGGCGGCUUGGCAUGGGAGACGCCCAGCGAGGAGCUCCGCCGCCACUUCGAGCAGUUCGGCAGCAUCCUCGAGGCCGUCGUCAUCACCGACAAGGCCACCGGCCGAUCCAAAGGCUACGGUUUCGUAACGUUUCACGACGCGGAGGCUGCACGACGGGCGGUGGUCAAUCCGAAUCCAGUGAUCGACGGCCGGCGAGCGAACUGCAACAUCGCCGCUUUGGCGGUGCCCAGAAACCCGCGAAGAGAACAAGGGAGGAUUCAGAGGCAGGGCCAAGAGGGGAGCAUGCAACAGGGGGCGGGAACAGGGACGGCCUAUGGUAGAGUGCCAGCUCAGGUGGGACCUCAAGGAAUCUACUCUACACCAUAUGGGUUUAUGGCUUACCCUUCUGAGUAUGGAUACCAACAAGCUGCUGCAGUGUACAGCCCUCAAAUGGGGUCUUAUUACUAUCAGCAAAUAUAUGGACCAACAAGCUCAUCAGCAAGUGUUGGCCCUCCACCAAUGGGGUACCCUAUACAGAUGCAUUCUACAAGGGUAGGUUUUUCUUCUCUAGGAGCUUUCAUGCAGUACCCUAGAUCCCACAUGGAAGGUCACUUGCAUUCCUCUUCUGACCAUUACUGCCCUUUCCAACUCCAAGCCCCAUUUCAAGCAAGACAACAGCUCAAUCCAACACUAGAUUCACAAGCUCCUCAGGAAAACGAGAAUAACCGAGAAGAUUGA